AUGCCACUCAACUGUGGGAUAGUGGGGCUUCCAAAUGUUGGUAAGUCUUCUCUCUUCUCUGCUCUUACAUCCAUACAAGCAAAUAUACAGAAUUAUCCCUUCUGCACCAUAGAACCUAAUGUUGGUUUAGUAGAAGUACCAGAUUACAGAAUACAAAAACUAAGCGAAAUAUAUAUCAGCAAGAAUAGCAUUCCAGCAACAUGCGAAUUUGUGGAUAUUGCAGGCCUUGUAAAGAAUGCGUCCCAGGGAGAGGGUUUGGGCAACCGCUUCCUUGCCAAUAUUCGCGAAACAAGCAUUGUAGCCCACGUGCUUCGCUGUUUUGUAGAUGACACAGUUUCGCAUGUCAGUAGCACUCUCGAUCCAGAGGAUGAUAUACUUACUAUACAAACAGAGCUUACAAUAGCAGAUUUAGAAAGCAUUGCACGACAGAAAGAGCGUAUCCUAAAAGAGAAGAAAGUGAAAAACCCAGACCUGCAGAAAAAAGUAGCGAUUAUGGAGCCUCUGCUAGAAAAAAUUGAGGAAGCAUUAAAUAAGAACCAAGCCUUGCACACGUUGGAGUUAAGCACAGACGAGGAAGUGUACUACACACAACUACAGCUGCUAAGGGCCAAACCUACACUCUACGUAUGCAAUGUGUCGGAGCAAGACGUGCACGAGGGAAAUGCCUACGUAGAAAAAGUAAGAGCCGUAGCAGAAAGCGAGCAAAGCACAACUAUACAGGUCUGUGCGAAGUAUGAAUCCGAGCUCGCUUCACUUCCUCCCCAUGAGCGAAAGGAAUUCCUUGAAAAUACAGGUAUAGAGCACUCUAGCCUUUCUUUACUAGUAGAAUCAGCAUAUGCCCUUAUGGGGCUACGAACAUUCUUUACAGCUGGGGAAAAAGAAGUACAUGCAUGGACGUUUAAGGAGGGAACGAAGGCUCCAGAAGCUGCAGGAAUUAUCCACAGCGACUUUCAACGUGGCUUUAUUAGAGCAGAGGUAUUCUCGUACGAGGACAUCAUAGCCCAUGGUUCCGAACACAACAUUCGAAGCGCAGGCAAAGUAAGAACUGAAGGAAAAAACUACCUCGUGCAGGAUGGAGAUAUAGUACACUUUCGGUUCAAUGUAUAA